CCAUCACAUCCCUAUCUCUACUUUGCGUCUUGCCCUUCACUCGCAGCAUUACAUUGUCGGUCCUCGCCCGCCAAGCCUGUCCGUCCACACUGCUGCACCGAUAACAACAACAACAACACCACUCCGAGCCCGCGCACAUGCCCGCGAGCGACAAGAAGGAGCCAAAGAAGGGCGGCACGCCCAACAUUGCCUCGACGGCGUGCCAGCGGUGCUACCAGCGCAAGAAGAAGUGUAACCGCGCCGUACCCGCAUGCGAGGGCUGCGUCCGGUCUCGGUCCGAGUGCGUGUACGACGGCGGGAAUGCCGACACGGCUCGGCUGUAUAACAUCCUCUCUGGGCUAUCCGACGAGAACAGACGGCUGAGGGAGCGGCUGGCCGACUACGAGGGCGGGGUGGUCCCGCCCGCCGAAACGCUGUCCAAGCACGCCGUCGCGGGCAGCUGCGGCGCCUCUAGCGCGGCAUGCCUGCCGUCCCCGCCGACCUCGGCCGCAGGCGACGAGCACACGCUCGCCGAGCGCAUCGUCAAGCGCAUCUUCGUCACCCCGCUCGCGCAGGGCGACUCGGGCGGCCUCCGCGCGCGCAUCCACGAGCAGCUCGGCACGUGUGCCGACGAGGAUGUCGAGGACGCCUUGCUGGGGGGCAGCGAGAGCCUGCGCGCGCCGACGACGACGUGUGCCAUCUGGCCGUCGAAGGCGCUCGCGCGCCAGCUCAUCAAGAUGUACUUUGAGGCCACGAACCCCUUCUACCCGACGUACGACCAGGACGUGAUCAACAAGGACCUUGAGGAUUUGUACGAGACCGUCUACCCCACGUCUGGGGCCGGCGCGCCGUACAACCGCAACGGCGACGGCACGCCGGAUAUCCGCAUCUUCCAGCUGUUCAUCAUGUUCGCGAUCGGGUGUGGGCAGAUCGAGACGCGGACCAACCGCCCACGGACGGACACGGGGCUGUUGGUCGCGUUUGCGCUGCGCCAUCUGCCGGCCUUGAUGCGUGCUGAUCCCUUGACUUGCAUCUCCGGCAUCGUCCUCUAUUCGGCCUACACGUUCUCCGACUUUGCGCGCAUGAACCCCACGCAGAUCAUCGGUAUCGCCGCCGACCUGGCCCUCGAGUACGGCCUUAACCGCGACGACCCCAGCCUGCCCGAGAAGGAGCUCAACAAGCGGCGCAAGAUCUUCUGGUCGAUCUUCUGCCAGGACCGUUGUCUCUCCUUCACACUCAACCGCCCCGUGUCCAUCCCAGACGAGCUGGUGCACACGUCCCUCCCGAAAUUGUGCUGCUCUGGCGGGCACAAGCGGCUGUACUUGCACAUGGACUCGACCGAGCUAUUCCACACUGCCACCAUGCUUCGCCGGCUACAGGGCAUGGUGCUCAAUGACGUGUACCUCAACGGCAAGUCACAACCCGACCCCGAGGCCACGCUACUGCGCCUCCGGAACCACCUCGACAACUGGUACCACUCUAUGGCGAAGAACCCCAAGACUGGCCAGCCGCACGCCUACUUUGAGCUGGGGUACAACAUUGUCCUGGUGUGGCUGUAUCGCCCGUCCAACAUGUGCCCGUCGACGCCGCCACACCGGAUGCCGACGCUGAGACGCGCCGCGUACCGUGCCAUCCAGCUGUACCGCGAGGGCCAGGAGGAGGAGCGGCAGGUGGAAAACUACGUGUCGUACUGCCAGCUCGUGUGCAUGUGCGUCACGCUGGUGUACACGCUGUUAGAGGGCGAGGGCGACCCGUCCAACCUGCUGCUUAUUGCGUGGCGCCAGACGGCCCUCGAGCAGGUCGCCGCCGCCGAGGACUCGCUGGCCAAGUUCUGCGCCAACUGGCCUGGUAUCAAGCGGUUCACGCGAGCGUUUGACAACCUGGCAGCCGGCCUCAAGGCCAGGCUAGAGGAGCAGAAGCCGGGUUCGCCGCCGCCAAUGUGGGUCCUGCCCUCGACGACGAACGGGACGACGAGCACGACGCCAAACUCGAACGCGACGCCCAGUGCCAACGCCGGCAUUACGCCCGACGACGUGCCCACGACCGCCUCGACGAGCCUGCAGACUCUGCUCCCGCUCAACAUGAUGGGCGAGUACGACGAGUACUGUGACAAGUGGGCCGGGCUCGUGACUGCUGCGCCGCCCCCGCUCGACGACGGCUUCCAGCUGCAGAACCAGAGCCUCGACGAGCUGUUCUCGACGGUCGGAUUCCCGCUUGGACCGGAUGUACUCGCGGGCCUGGGCUUUGAUUUCAAGGAGUGAUGAUGCCCGAGCGAGCAUCAGGGAUGUGUGUGGACGCGGCAUGAGGCUGUGUGUGUUUGUUUGUUUAUCCUGGCGAGGUGCGGCGACCAGCACCACUCAACUGUAGCGAAAGUGUACAUUGUAGAUAUGCACGGGGUUGUGUGUG